UGGCUGCGGGCGGAUGAGCUCGUGAGCGGUAAACGUUAUGCGUCUGCACGCACCUGCGGAUGAAGUCGGGGUCACCGAUGUCCGGCAGCAUGAAGGCGCGCGCACCGGACAGCAGCACAGAGAUCCACAGGAGCACACAGUGAUCAUCUCCAUGGUAACAGAGACGCCUGUGUCGGACCUGCAGCUGAAACACUGGCAAUGAAUCGGAGAUUAAAAGCGACAAGAAACUUCAGACGAGACCGAGAUGGAGAAAAAGCGAGAGAAGGAAGAGCUCCAUCCCGUGGGCCACGUCCGGAACAGGUUCCAGCUCUGGACCUCCACAGACUGAGGGACCGAGAAGACGAGGAUGCUGGUGUCAUUCCUGUCGUCAGAAAGCCAUCGUGCAUGAUGUCAGCGCUGAGCUGGGGUUCAGCUCCUUCAUCCAGCACACUGCAGGGUGUUGGGUUGGGAUCAGUGCAGGAGGGAUGUUCCUCAGUGUUGGCGUCUCCUCAGCACAGCUACAGAGACCCGAUCAUCAGAUCACACAGUAAUCACGAGACAAACAUGGAACCACAUCUCCAUCACACACGGACAGAUGUGAGCCACGCCCGACCCAGGAAGAUGGAAGCAGAGGGGGUGAUGAUGGAGAGGAAACAGCAGGCUGUGAUGGAGCAGGUGAUGGUGGACCAGCUCUCCAGAGCCGUCAUCAGUGACCCAGAACAAAACUCCGCAAACUCAGUCAACAUUUCAGCUCGUCAUAAGAGGACUUUACACCACACCAUGGUGAAAACGCCGAAAUCUUUAACAGAGAACAUUCUGUCCUACAAAAUGUGCUUUCAUGCCAGAAUUGUAUCACGCUGUGGGCGUGAAGCUUGUCGAGAGCUGAUUGGCUUCUACUUCACAUGUGAUCAGACAUUAACGGUGUACGAGUACCGCAGCUUUGGGAAGAACAGGUCUAAUGCCCUGCCAUUUAUUGCACGUGGGGUUUAUAGGACACGAGGGAGACCAUACUGUCUCUCUGACAUCUCACAGGGUUCAAAUCUGCGCUUCAGUACAGAUGGACCCCAAGUCCCUGAGAACCUGAGACAGCGGCCGUAUCUGACUCUCAGAGUUACUGAUGUGGAUGAAGAGUCCAAGAGUUCACUACUACUCCAGUUUGGAGGAACUGAACAUUAUCUUUCUGAGGAGGAAAUGAACGAUCGCAAAACUCUAAUUGUGAUUCAAGCGUCUGUACGCGAGAGGUUGAGGGGUCGUGCUGUCCAGACUCUGGUUGCUUUAGGGAGAAGACUGCAAAAAUUAGAUGUGCAGCAGAACGGCAUUGUGGGUAAAGAUCAGCUCCGAGAGUGUCUGAUGGAGGAGCUGGGGCUCAAACUGCAGGAGGUGGAGGCGCUGUGGAGGCUUGUGGGGUUGCAGAGAGAGUUGAUGGUGGAUUAUGCUGAAGUGAUGUGUGCUGUGACCGGAGACAUGAACGAGAGCAGAAAAGCAGUGUUUAUAAAGGUUUAUAUUAAACUUGACCCAAAUAAAACAGGUUCAGUUUCUCUGACUGACAUUGAGAAAUUUUACUGUGUUAAUCAGCAUCGGCUCACUGAAAAUGGAGCAGAAAUGGACUUCAUCACGUGUGUCUGGGAAGCAGAAAGAGUCAAUAAACACGUGUCUUAUGCAGAGUUUCAGGACUAUUAUGAGGGACUGAGCAUCGAAAUCCCCAGUGACCAGGUUUACAUCAACAUCCUGAGGAGCACCUGGAAUAUCUGAG